GAACAAGAUCCCAACCUGCCCUGCUUUCACUCCGAAUCCCACCCCACCAACUCCUCCUUGACUGGCAACAUCACCUGCGGCACAAUCUCUCGAGCGUGAGGAUUCCACCUCAUCAGUCGCUUCAUCAAUCGCUGCUGAGCGUCAAUUGAGCAUCACAAUCCCAAGCUCGUCGCAAACCCGCUCCACGCGCCCCCUGAAAUUACGACACAACCUCGUAUCACCAACUGCGAACUCACACCUACAAAAGCAAUUCACCACCAAGUGAAGGAAAGAGAGAAAGAAGGAAAGAAGGAAAAAAUGACACACCAAGCAAAGCGCCCCUACACGGGCUCCCAACCCUCGAUCACCUCCUACUUCUCCGCAUCCUCAUCCCCAAACAUCUCCUCACCAUCACCCUACGACGGCCGCUCCCCACCCCUCCCGCCAAACGUGCAGUCCAACCUCCUGAGCGUCGGUAUGCGCGUCCGCAAAUCCGUACCAGAAGGCUACAAGACCGGCAGCAGCUACUCCGCCUUCCAGCUUUUCUCUGACGCCAGCGCUCCCACAGCGGUUGAGAAGCCAAAGACGAGACCACGGGCUGGGGCCAGGGAACUUACGCCGUUCUGUGGGAUCUUGAAGGUUGGAGGCAUGGCGCAGCAGCAGUGGGGGAUCUAUAACUCGGGGUCGGUGGCCGUUGAGGAUGAGGAGAUGCCGUUUUUGAGUAGUCAGGGGAGUACGAUUAGUGAUGUUAGUGUCGAUGCUUCGCGGAAUGGGGGCCAGAAGAGACGGUUCUUUGAGGAUGAGGAGGGGGAGGUUGAGAAUGGGAUUGGAGGAAGUGUGUUGGGUGAGAGAGUGCUGGCUGUUCCGAGGCGGAAGAAGUGGAAUGGGAAGGUUCCUGAUGGAGUUAAGAUUGUAGGACAGGAGAAUGCUGGGUUUGGUCAAGAUAUGGAUUUUGAGGACGCUGACUUCUUGGACUAUGGCCUGGUGGGAGAGGUUGAGAUGAGUGGUUAGUGGUUUGGUCUGUAAUAAUAUGGCCUUGGAGAUUACAUGGUCUGCUUUGUGCAUUACGGAACGGAUAUGGAUGAAUGGUUAUGAUGGUGGCUUGGUUUGUUAUGGCGUUUUAUGGAGCAUGGGGAGUCUGUACCUGUACUUCGAAGCAAGAACGCUAGGCGCUGUAACAUAGCGAGAUAUCAAUGCAAUAAUUGAUGUAAAGUGCCGUUCGUUGGCAUGG